AUGCAACAAGCGUUGGUUAGCUCUUCCGCAUCUAGUGGAACGACUGCUCCAAAUAACAUGGGAAAACGCUAUGCGGAUACGGUAUCCAUUGGAAAUUUAAACCCAUCGAUAAGCUCCACGACUAAUGCUUGGACAACUGUUGCAAGUAAAACAUCUAACCGCAUCACUACUACUACUCCACCGAAUAUUUUGAACUCAAUUGUAAACCAAUCUGCCAAGCCUGCUGAGGUCUUAAAAAGUGGUACCAGAACAACUGCUAAUACGGGUAUACCUAAACCUAUGACAAAUAUCGACGAGUUUAUUCAGAUGUUAUUAACGUUUCCUCUUGAUCCACCCCCGGAAACUAUCGAGAUUAUUCAAGAUUCUAUUUAUGCUACCUCACCAACACUAGAUGGUCGUCGAUUUGCUGACGAAUUUAUUAAAAGAAGGAAAGCUGAUGCAAAUGGAUUGCCAAUGAGCAGUUUAUUAAGCCAUCAUUCGGACAGUAAAUUGAACAAAGAUCUUACAAAUGGAAGUAAUAGUGCAAAGGACGAUUAUACAGGGAAUGGUGCUGGUGCUUUUAAAGUAGUAACGACUAAAAAGA